AUGGACAUGGAUGUGGGCUACUUAAUUUCUCAUCAGAUCUCUAUGAUUGCCCAGCACGACUCCUCUAGGCUUGGGUUUCCAGCCUUAAUCACCGGUUUAUGUAAAGCUAGAGGAGUCACUUCUGAUUCGAGGACUCUGGAGAGUCUCAGCCUCGCCAUUAAUUUGGCAUAUAUGAAGAAGAAUUGUUGGAAUCUUGAUUAUCUAACAGUGACUUUCAGAGGGCCUAGGAAGGGCAAGGGGAAGAAAUCAGAGACUUUCCCAUCUUUUGAGGUUAAUACAAGGAUUAUGUCUGAAGUAAUGAUACUUUCAUUAUCAAUAAUAGUGGUUCUCUCUGGCACAACAUACUCAAUUUUCCUAGAGUCUGAAAAUCAUAUCAAAUCGGCUACUUUUGUGUCUAAAAGUUUUGAAGUGGGACCAGGAAAAAUUGCAUCAAAAGCACUUUAUGAUAUUGAGUUUCCAAAAGGUCAUAUUGGGGUCAAGAGUUUUGAUGCCGAACUAGUUGAUGAAGAUGGGAAAUCUGUACCUUUAUAUGAAACCUAUCUUCAUCAUUGGUUUGCAAUAAAGUACAACGAAAAUAUUACUAUGUCACGGUACAUUGAGCAAUCUCAUGACAUUAGUAAAGGUAUCAAUUACACAAGAAAUGAUGGUGCAUGCAGAGGCUUUUUGCUUCCACAUUAUUGGGGCUUAGGAGGAGAAUCACGAGGAACAUCCUCAAAUCUUCCAGACCCUUUUGCGGUAGAAUUUGGUAACCCUAAAAAUAUUCCACAUGGAUUUAAGGAAAAAUGGUUGUUCGACAUCAUGGUUAUCGAUACACGUGGUGCAUAUAGUAGAAAAGGUUGCACAGAAUGUAGAUGUGACCUACUUAAUCUUCCAAAGGACUUUUAUAAUGUCACAAGAGACAUUAAUGAGCAACCAUUGUCCCUAAAUUAUAAAGGAGGACUCUUUUGUUGUAAAGAUAACUUACAAUGCAAAUUAAGAAAGGGUUUUCAUGGCCCAACGAGAAAGCUUUCACUGAGAUACAAAAUAAGAUGGGUUGAUUGGGAUGAACACCAAGUGCCACUAAAGUUUUAUAUACUUGAUACAACUGAUCGUGUGAGAACAAAUGGCUCUUCAACAAUUCAUGAUUGCCAGGCAGAAUAUACCAUUCCAAGAAUUGGUCAUGGUGACUUCCCUCAUGUUAAGAAAGCAAACAUCCCAAUGAAAAAAGGUGGUUAUCUUAUAUAUGGCACUUCUCAUAUGCAUACUGGUGUUGUCAAUGCAACUCUCUAUGGACAGGAUGGAAGGGUUUUAUGUACUUCAACACCAAAAUAUGGAACGGGAAAGGAAGCAGGAAAUGAAAGAGGUUACCUAGUUGGAAUGUCAGGUUGUUAUCCCAAACCAGGCUCUGUUGAGAUUAAAGAUGGUGAAAUUCUCACUCUAGAAACGAGAUAUCAAAACAAGUUUCGUACUGGAGCUAUGGGAUUUUUCUAUAUUCACUUGGCAGAACAACUACCAAACAUUUUAAAGAUUUAAUGUGAACUGUUAUUUUAUCUUUUUCAAAUAGCUUAUUUAGCUUUUGGGAUGAUUUAUUCUUGAUAAG